GCCGGCAGGAGAACCCGAGCGAGGAGGACGCGGCCAUCGUGGACAAGGUGCUGUCCAUGCGCGUGGUCAAGAAGGAGCUGCCCUCGGGACAGGUGGUGGAGGCCGAGGAGUUCUUCGUCAAGUACAAGAACUACUCGUACCUGCACUGCGAGUGGGCGACGAUCGCGCAGCUGGAGAAGGACAAGAGGAUCCACCAGAAGCUGAAACGCUUCAAGACCAAGAUGAGCCAAAUGCGGCAUUUCUUCCACGAGGACGAGGAGCCGUUCAACCCCGACUACGUGGAGGUCGAUCGGAUCCUGGACGAGUCGCACAGCGUGGACAAGGACAACGGCGAGCCCGUGGUGUAUUACCUGGUGAAGUGGUGCUCGCUGCCCUACGAGGACAGCACCUGGGAGCUGCAGGAGGACGUGGACGAGGCCAAGAUCGCCGAGUUCAAACGGAUCCAGGCGCGGCACCCCGAGCUCAAGAGACAGCCCCGCCCCCAGGCCGGCGCCUGGAAGAAGCUGGAGGCGUCGCACGAGUACAAGAACCACAACCAACUGCGGGAGUACCAGCUGGAGGGGGUCAACUGGCUGCUCUUCAACUGGUACAACAGGCAGAACUGCAUCCUGGCGGACGAGAUGGGGCUGGGCAAGACGAUCCAGUCGAUCGCCUUCCUGCAGGAGGUGCACGGCGCAGGUGUGCGCGGCCCUUACCUGGUGAUCGCGCCGCUCUCCACCAUCGCCAACUGGGAGCGCGAGUUCGGCACCUGGACGCACCUGAACACCAUCGUCUACCACGGCAGCCUGGCCAGCCGGCAGAUGAUCCAGCAGUACGAGAUGUACUGCAAGGACGGCAAGGGGCGGCUGAUCCCAGGUGCGUACAAGUUCGACGCGCUGAUCACGACGUUCGAGAUGAUCCUGUCGGACUGCCCCGAGCUGCGCGAGGUCCAGUGGCGCUGCGUGGUCAUCGACGAGGCACACCGGCUGAAGAACCGGCACUGCAAGCUGCUGGACAGCCUCAAACACAUGGACCUGGAGCACAAGGUGCUGCUGACAGGUACCCCCCUGCAGAACACGGUCGAGGAGCUCUUCAGCCUCCUGCACUUCCUGGAGCCCUCCCAGUUCCCCUCCGAGGCCGAGUUCCUCAAGGACUUCGGCGACCUCAAGACCGAGGAGCAGGUGCAGAAGCUGCAGGCGCUGCUGAAGCCGAUGAUGCUGCGGCGGCUGAAGGAGGACGUGGAGAAGAACCUGGCGCCCAAGCAGGAGACGAUCAUCGAGGUGGAGCUGACCAACGCCCAGAAACGCCUCUACCGCGCCAUCCUGGAGCGCAACUUCGCUUACCUGGCCAGGGGGGCGGGGCACGGCAACGUCCCCAACCUGCUCAACACCAUGAUGGAGCUGCGCAAGUGCUGCAACCACCCCUACCUCAUCAACGGUGCGGAGGAGCAGAUCCUGGCGGAGCUGAGGGCCUCCCUGCCGGCCCUGCCCCCGCCCGAGCUGGCCCUGCAGGCCCUGGUGCGCUCGGCCGGCAAGCUGGUGCUGCUGGACAAGCUGCUGCCGCGGCUGCGCGCCGGCGGGCACAAGGUGCUGGUGUUCUCGCAGAUGGUGCGCUGCCUGGACAUCCUGGAGGACUACCUCAUCCAGAAACGGUACCCGUACGAGCGCAUCGACGGGCGGGUCCGCGGGAACCUGCGCCAGGCCGCCAUCGACCGUUUCAGCCGUCCGGACUCGGACCGGUUCGUGUUCCUGCUGUGCACGCGGGCGGGCGGGCUGGGCAUCAACCUGACGGCCGCCGACACCUGCAUCAUCUUCGACUCGGACUGGAACCCCCAGAACGACCUCCAGGCGCAGGCGCGGUGCCACCGCAUCGGGCAGAGCAAGGCGGUGAAGGUUUACCGGCUGAUCACGCGGAACUCGUACGAGCGCGAGAUGUUCGACAAGGCCAGCCUGAAGCUGGGCCUGGACAAGGCCGUGCUGCAGUCGAUGAGCGGCCGCGAGGGCAGCAUCGCCGGGAUCCAGCAGUUCUCCAAGAAGGAGAUCGAGGACCUGCUGCGCAAGGGCGCCUACGCCGCCAUCAUGGACGAGGACGACGAGGGCGCCAAGUUCUGCGAGGAGGACAUCGAGCAGAUCCUGCUGCGGCGCUCGACCACCAUCACCAUCGAGAGCGAGGGCAAGGGCUCCACCUUCGCCAAGGUGAGCUGGGCGGGGCCACAGGUGUGCCCAGGUGGGCUGGGCAGGGCUCCAGGUGGGGCUGGACAAGCUUUGGUGGUCCUGGAGAAGGUCUAGGUGGGUCUAGGUGUG